CAGAGUAUCCGGUUGUAGCAGCGGAGCGGCUGUUACUUCACUAUGUCCGUGAACAGUUGAGGUCAGAACUGAGGUUAUUCCGAGCCUUUCCACCAUUUAUAAUACGCUUCUUGUGGAUACUUCAUCUCUCUGGUGCUGGAAGGAACAGCUGAGAAACAUAAACCAAAGCAAACAUCCGAAGAUUGUGGAUAUGUGGUAACUUCAAGCAUGUAGUAAUUCAGAAGGAAUUUCAUGAAUGGGUUCGAAGAUACUGGAAAGUGGAAUUUGUAGUUUCAUCUCAGCAACGAUUUUCAACAUAAUGCCAGUUUUUUCAGUUUCGUGGCUUAUUAGACAUUUGAAAAAAAUCAUAUUUAUUUUUUUUAAUUAUUUAUUUAUUCAUGAGAGACACACACACACACACACAGAGGCAGAGACACAGGCAGAGGGAGAAGCGGGCUUCAUGCAGGGAGCCCAAUGUGGGACUCGAUCCUGGAUCCCGGGACCACGACCAGAGCCGAAGGCAGCCGCCCAACCCCUGAGCCACCCAGGCGUCCCAAAAUCAGAUAUUUAAAUAGAACUUACUAUGUGCAAGGCACUGUUCUAAAGGCUUUGCCUUUCUUAUUGCAACUCUUCAUAAUAGGCACUGCUACUAUUCUCAUUUUACAGAUGAGGAAUUUGAGGUACCAAGCAGUUGAGUGUUUUGCAAAAGCUAUGGAAACUCUGCUCUCAAAACUGAGACAGAGAUGUUUGAGAAAUAUUAUAAUAAACUGGAGCCCAGGGAUCAGCGACAUCCACGAUUAUCAGAAAUUAUAAUAUCAGGAGCCGAAUUUGCACAGUUCCGAGGCAAGCAUAGAUCCAAAUCCCGUAUAGGUAUGGACCAUGUGAUAGGCCUCAGUUGUGACCAAAAAUGCGAGCUUGUACAAAGGGAGCUGGAAGACAUGAAGGACGAGAUCAGGCACAUGAGAGCAAAUGCCGAACGAGACCUGCAGCAUCAUGAGGCUAUCAUUGAGGAAGCUGAAAUCCGAUGGACUGAAGUUCAGAGAGCAGUGCAUGAGUUUAAAAAAGAUAUUCUCAAAACCAUAUCCAAGAAGAAAGGGAGUAUUUUGGCCACUCAGAAAGUGAUGAAGUACAUUGAGGACAUGAACCACCGGAGGGAUAAUAUGAAGGAUAAAUUACGUUUGAAAAAUGUUUCUCUCAAAGUACAGAGGAAAAAGAUGCUUUUACAAUUGAGGCAGAAGGAAGAGGUAGGCGAGGCCCUCCAUGAUGUUGAUUUUCAGCAGCUGAAGAUCGAGAAUGCUCAGUUUUUAGAGACAAUUGAAGCAAAGAAUCAAGAACUGAUCCAGCUAAAGCUGGCAUCUGGAAACACCCUGCAGGUCCUCAAUGCAUACAAAAGCAAGCUAUACCAAGCAAUGGAAAUGUCUGUCAAUCUGGACAAGGAGAUCUUGCUGAGAAAUGAGUUACUUGAAAAAAUUGAAAGAGAAACCCUACAAGUAGAGGAGGACCGGGCCAAGGCUGAGGCUUUGAACAAGAAGCUCCGCAAGCAGCUGGCUGAGUUCCGCUCACCGCAGGUGAUGUUAUAUGUGCAGGAGAAGAUCUUAAAUGGGGACCUGGAGAAGACCAUCAAGAUGUGGGAAAGGAAAGUGGAGAUAGCAGAGAUGUCCUUAAAAGGCUACCGCAAGGCAUGGAAUAAAAUGAAAACCACCAAUGAGCAGUUGCAGGCACUUUGCCCCUCCCAGGAAAUAGCCAGAGGGAGGCCACGGCUGCAGACCAGAGUGAUCCAUUAAAGUAAUCAGCUCCUUUCCAGUCAAGGGGUCCUCUCACUGUUCCCUGUGCUGCUUGGUGUCCCCGACUCUCCAGUCGGACUGCUGAGCACUUCCCAGGCCACAUUUGCCUGUGGGGAGUGUGGCUAAUUUCAUACCCUGGCCCCUGGAACCGUUAACACUGAAAGAACCACAGGGCACUCUAAUGGUUUGACACUUGUUAGCCCACAUUUAGUUCACAAGCACAAAUGAAAGUGACCUUCCCGCAUGUAGGAGUGGGACAGAGGAGGGAGAGCCCACCCAUUAUGCACUGUGGGCCUGUCCAUGGCAGCCCAGGUGUGCAACUAUCAAAAAACAGACACCAAAAUAGCAUGGUGACUGCCUGGCACUCAGCAUUCUGAGCUUACUCUUCAGUUGAGAGAUUUAGGUCCUUGAC